CGUUCAUGUUUCUGCUCCGGCUCAACACCAUGUAGCACAACACGCGAAACGGACGAAGCGCAGAUAAACGCAGUUUGUUUUGAGUUUUGAGUUUCGAUUCAGUGUUUUGUUGACUCACUCAUCAAGAUGGCUGGUUUGGAGCUGCUGUAUAAUUCUGUCAUCGAUAACAUCGCGUCUCCGCAGGAUGCCUUGCUCUGUUUCGUGCAUUGGGAAAUUAUAAGACACGGGUAUAAAUGCCUUGGGACUGGAGACCAGCCAGGGACCAAUGACAAGCGAUCUGAAUUGCUGCCUGCUCACUGGAACGAAAGCAGUGAACUGUACACACUGCGUUAUGAGUCCAGUGAUGGUAAAGUCCAGCUUCUUGUGAAAGCCAUCGCUGUGGACUCCUCCGUCAUCUUCAACGUCAUGCGUUCAGGUUCGGAGGAAGUUGCUGAUAUGACAGUGAGCCUCAGCGAUUAUGUAAAUUGUGAUCAUCUUCAGGAUUUCGACAGGGUUUUUAAGAACACAAAAGAACUGGGAGGUCGAGUGCAGUCGGGAAUCCUUUCUUCUGGGCCUGGGUCCAGGUCUGGGUCUGGGAAGGGUAAAGAACCCGCCAAGUCCUGUAAGAAGAGCCUGCAGGACGAGGACCCUUUCAGAAUCCCAACAAGAACGGCUGUCAGGCAGCCCGGCUGGGCUCAGCCCAUGAACCCUUUUGCAGCUGGAGGAGCAGAUUUAGAUCCCUUCGGGGGUCGUCCGGGGGGUAUGAUAAUGGACCCCCUGAGAGCCGGUUUUCCAAGAUCGGGAUUGGAUCCCUCUUCCGGGAUCCCAAUGAGACUUCCCCCAGGCGCUGUCCCUCCAGGAGCCCGGUUUGAUCCCUUCGGACCAGUCGGAAGGCCAGGCCCAGAUCCGGAUCACUUGCCCCCUCCUGGGUAUGAUGACAUGUUUAUGUAAUGCUGAACCAGUCCAACGCCUUUGUUAGCACUUUAAACAUCUGGACAAAAAACCUGCCCCAACAGAAAAAAAACAAUUACUUUUAGUUUUAAGGAUCCAUUAGAAAAUAAUCAAACGAUAACGAAUCAUUAAAACAAAUCACAGCUAUAGCAGUGGUGUUGUAAACCUGUAUACAAGAAUGCAUUUGAAAAUGCAGUGGCUUAAGUGUGCACUGUCUUCUUAAAUUACAUUAAUAAGAACUAGCUUGGGGUGAUAGUGAGUGCUGCUGAACCUUCACAACACGGGACGCCAGAACAUAUCUACAGUGUUGACGGGUGCACUUUAUUAGGCAAGGUCUGUGCUGGGGCUGACCCUCAAAAUAAGAAACAGACAGACAGAAAGCCUGUCUCUGUGCUUGUCUUCUGUACCCUGGUUUUAGCCGGCUGCACUGUGUUGCUGUGGAGCAAAACGAUGCUAAAAUAACAAUGUGUUUCAUUAAAGACAACACAGUUUGUGUCUUGCAGGUCAGCGCUUGUGUUAAAUACAGUAAAACUGUGUUGUCCUGAAUAGAGCAUUUAACCAAAACUGUGGUUUCCUUUAGCGAGUAUGUGAUGACGUUACAAGUAGCAGCUCUGUUCUGUUUGAAAUUCCCUUGGGUUUCUUUUUUUAUUAUUUUUUUGUUGAUUUUUUUUUAAUGUUGAAUUCUAAGCUUUAAUAAAACCAUGUUGUUUUUGAAA